AUGUCGCAGAGAGGAAAGGGAGAUCCGCUCUCCUUCAAACUCGCCUCUCCCCCCCUGACACCCGCCUCCCUGUUCCCCAGGGAUUAUCUGGCCCAGCGCCCGGAUGCCGCCAACUCAAGCGCCAGCUCAAGCGACACAAGAAAUACAGACAAUCCUGCCCCUGGUAGUCAUCAUAAUCCAAGGUCUUAUUCUCGCAAUUUCAACCAUCACCACACCGUUAACUUCCGCUCUCAAGCCCCCGUCCUUUCUCCUUUCCGCACCACCACCACCACCAAGGCGUCCUCAACAACGACACUAUACGACCCGAAGUCCCGCCUUCACUUAUCCUCUCUUUCUCCAUCUUUCCCCCCUUCCUCCUCUCAACCUCAUGGUUCCGCGCUUCCUCGUUCACCUUCUUUGAACCAGGAGGAUUCGCCUGUCGCUACCUCGCCGAAAUCCACUCCCAGGCCAUCUCGUCCAGGCGACUCAUCUAGCACUUCUCCCAUCUCUCCGCGAUCUCCUUCUCCUCCUGUUUCUCCUCUAUCCACUUCAACAUUUACUCGAGUGUCGAACUUUCCUAUCCCUCCUACCACCACCACCACCACCGCCGCCGCCGCCGCUGCCGUUGCCCGGUCAUCCACCGCGACCCGCAGUCUGAACCAGUUACCAGAGGCAGUGCAGCAUUGUCUCGCACUCCCAGAUCGACUGACCCGCUUGUCGCAGGUGCGGGGUGCCAAUGGGAAUAUGCCAAAGUCCUCUUCUUACGAUCUGCUGCGAAAGGCGUCUGAUCCGUCUCAUCUCAUCACCAUGAAUAGCAAUAAUAAUAACAGCGACAACAACAACAACAACAACAACAAUAACAAUAGUAAUAGUAAUAGUAAUAAUGGUGGCCGUCGUGUUGUCUCUGCCAAUUCAGCCUCCCCUUCUCCGCCCCUAUCCAACCCGGCCCUGUCAUCUGCCGUAGGAGAUCGUGUCAGAACGAUGCCGCGCACCUCUUCGAUCGAUUCAGCCAUCUCGUCUAUUUCCUCCGCCCAUUCGCAUAAAUCUUCACUCGAUGCGAAUAAUGUCACCCCGGAGGAUAUCGCUAAUCUCAUCUCUACGGCAGGCUCCGCUGAGGCGGUCAUUAUACAUCUACUCAAGGAUAAGCAGCAGGCCGCGUCGCAAAAUGCUCAGUUGUGGAGAUUGGUUGAUAAGCAGCGCACCAUGGUUCUCGGCUUGAAUAAGGAUCUCGAACGUGCAAUGAAGGAUAAGGAUCGUUACAGGAAAAAACUUAAAGAAUUACAGGCCAACCCUCCACCAAUAGCUGAAGGGGCUGCGCACGGAAGUGGUGAGCCUGCCACUGAAGGAGACAACAAUUCAUCUAAGGGUUCGACGUCUGGCCAUGAUCUCGCCAAGCCAUCGGAUACAACUAUGCAAAUCUCGCUAGAUGAGCCUGCAAUAUUCCCUUCGGACUCACAUCUCGCCCAUUCGCAUACCGACCCUCAGCUUACCAGAGGUGGCAACCCAAGCUCCCAUCCAUCAAGUCCUAGCGACAGCGUUCGAACCGAGCCGUUGUUGACGAGUAACAACAACACCAACCACCAUCCUCUCCGCGAUUCCCCCACCAACCUAUCAAUGCAUGAGAAACAAGGAGAAUCGGCUGAAGGGUUAGGAAGUAGAGGUGACAAUAACAACGCAAUUAACAAAACCGAUCUCUCCUCGAGUACCGCACCUCCUGCAAAUUUGCGCACCGGCGGUCCUGAUUACCUGAAACAGACACCACCGCCUCUGAGAAGACCGCCUCCUGCACCGUUAAAUCUCAGCCAAAAUGAACGAGUUCAUGUCCAAUCUCACCGAAUAAAUGUAGCUGUCGGGGAUGACUCGGAUUACGAUGACAACUUGGAUACCGACGGAAUUCCCAGAAUGGAGAAUCGGGGAAGGAGAAAAACUAGGGAAGAAGACGAUCGACAACGUGAAGCGCUUCUAUUCCAGGAGAAAGCGGCUCGCAGCGCAUCUAAUAGAAUGAAGUCGAAAUUGGCGCAACCACCUGAGGGAGUCCAAAAAUACCACCAGCCGCCCCAAGGAGCUGCUGGAAUGGGUCCGGCGGGGAAUCGCAUUGUUGCCCACUCUCCGCCCCCUGGGCUUUCUCAGCAGAUUCCUCCGCUUGAUUCGCUCGUGUUAAUGUUGAGUCCCCGGGGGAGUGAAGCUGCGUCGUCUGAAAGGGAUAAACUCGCCUUGUCUCCUCCAAUGAGCCCUGGUUUACCACUGAGCCCGCGGCCAGGAGAUCGCCCGCUAGGCUCUCCGCUCCCCCGUUUUCCGAAGGACGGCCAGGGUAAUCUAGCGUCGCCACCCACGUCACCGAGAAACGGGCUUCCGCUGUCACCACGAGCUACAAAAUUCCCCGCUCCUCCUUUUUCAGACCCAACUACUUCUACUUCUACUGCUACGGGUCAUAACACUCUAACUAAAGCAGCUGAAUUCGCCAUUCCUUCUCCCACUCAAAACGAGGCGCCCAGGCAGGAUAUUCCUACCUUCGAUGCCUCCGUCAAGAUCGACAGCCCUACUUCACCAUACGCCUUCAAAGUCGCAUAUAUCGUGGCCUUGUGUCAGAUCAGUAUCCUGAUCUCCUGCUCCCUCCCAACGCUCUACCCUCUAUUGAUAUCAAAGAUUUCUUCGUCGCGCUUGCGGCCAUCACGUAACAGCUACUUAGGCCUUAAACCUACGGAUGAAGAGCCUGUUUUCACCCUCAGUGUGUUCUCGCGGGCUAAUCGCGCGGAGCUAUGGCGGGUGGAGAAAGUCAUCCUAGCCUUGCCACAGUUGGAUCAGCAACUGAAACAAGCCGUGCCGAGCUUUACUGGACGCUUGCCUGACCGGUCUAUCUUCAGCGGUCAUUCUCCUGCGAAAGUCGAUGCGCGCAGAGCGGCUUUGAAUAGCUAUUUUGAGGCUAUACUUGAGAUGCGGAUGGGUGAGGCGGGUGCGUUGGUGGUAUGCCAGUUUCUGACGGCGGACGCCAUUGAGCCACGCGAUGAUGAGACGAACCUGGUGAAUGGUGACCUCAACGGAAAACAAUCCUACCCCGUUGGGCCUGACGGGAAGCUGAGGAUUGAAGGGUAUCUGACAAAGCGAGGAAAAAACUUUGGCGGGUGGAAAGCGCGCUACUUCGUCCUCGACGGGCCAGAGUUGAAGUAUUAUGAAUCACCCAGUGGUCCACAUAUGGGAACCAUCAAAAUUCAUCAUGCACAAAUUGGCAAACAGUCUCAGUCCACAAAUAGCAGUCAGUCGCCGUCACGGUUGGAUGACGAAUCGGAUAAUCAGUAUCGUCAUGCGUUCCUCAUUCUCGAGCCUAAGAAGAAGGAUUCUACAGCGUUUGUGCGCCAUGUGCUGUGCGCUGAGAGUGAUGAGGAGAGGGACUCGUGGGUUGAAGCACUUUUGAGUUAUGUUGAACAAGAUUCAGAUGAGGAGGGUUCCAAGCAUCAUCGCCAAGUUUCGAAACAGGACGGGAUAUCAAAGACUCGACUACUGCCUGGCAGUUCAAGGAAGAGUAAUAAGGAUAAUGAUAGUCCUGAGGAAACUGGAUCCGGCGAUAAACUCCGUUCUCUUAGUUAUGACGAGGUUGUCGCCGCUGAAGCCCCCAUCCGCGGACCACCCGGUAGCGUGCUACCUCCAGGUAGGGGGGGCGGUGCAGCGCAGGCGGAGCCGGGCUAUCAACAUCCAUGGGAUCAGAAUAUGCCGCAAUCCCCAUCGCUCAAGAGCAUUUCCGGCCCUACAAACGGGGUUAAGAUCCAAGAUGUGGGAGCGUGGGGCAAUAAGGCCCCUCCACCCAUGAGCACGAAGGAGAAGAAACGCUCCAUUUGGGGCUUUCGCGCUGCGACAACCGCUGAUCUAGCCAAUCAGAUACAGAGCCACGAGGCUAGCAGUAACAACUCCCCAAUCGAGCGACGAGAGCCUGUCCGAGCGGUCUUUGGGUUGCCCCUCGCGGAGGCGGUAGAAUAUUGCGGGGUUCCAGGUCUUAAUACUGGACUUCCUGCAGUGGUUUACCGGUGUAUCGAUUACCUGCGGGCGAAGGAUGCGGCGCUUGAAGAGGGAAUCUUCCGCCUGAGCGGCUCAAAUGUGGUGAUUAGAUCGCUUAAAGAGAAAUUCAAUACGGAGGGCGAUUUCGACUUUUUGGAAGGGGAUACGUAUUAUGACGUUCAUGCUGUUGCGUCCUUGUUUAAGCAGUAUCUGCGCGAGCUGCCGACGACGGUGCUGACUAGAGAUUUGCAUUUGGAUUUUAUUCGGGUUCUUGAUCUUGAUGACAAACAGAAGAAAAUAGCCGCCUUCAACGGACUAGUCCACCGCCUCCCAAGACCUAACCUAACCAUCCUCAAAGCCCUAUCCCAAUAUCUAAUCGAGAUCAUCAACAACUCGGAUGUAAACAAAAUGACUGUUCGCAACGUCGGCAUUGUCUUCGCGCCAACCCUCAACAUCCCUGCCCCGGUCUUCUCAAUGUUCCUUACUGACUUUGAAAGCAUUUUCGGCGAAUCCGUGUCGGACUUUUCCAUACACGCUGCUGCUCCUGUCGAACUACUCCUCGACAACAAGCCGCUGAGCUCGGAUGAUAUCCGAUCACCACGACAUCAAAUGUUCUCUGACCUGCCGACGCCGUCAUAUAACCAGUCUUCAUUCCAGCAAUCGCAACUGUCCUCGUCGGCGGCACCACAGCAUCGUCACAAGUCAGAUUUGACGCCGCAGGAAGCUCAGCAUGCGCAUGCGCAGGCGCUGACAACCCAACAGCAAUGGGAGCAGCAGCGGGAUCGCGACCGCUCCCGCGACAAAUUCGACAACACCGGUUUUAUACCGAUACAGCCCACCUAUGAGCAGCAGAUGCUAGGUGCGGAUCCGUAUAAUUCCAUGAGUAGUUUGCUACCAACACCGUCGUCGUCAUCUGGCAGUAAUGGUAACGGUAACGGGAAUAAUAAUUUUAACAAUAGUGCAACGAGCAAGGCGAAGCGGCGGGAGAGUAAUUUGCUCUUUAUGAAUUUGGGGAAGAAGAGCGGCGUGUCAUAUUUGGGUGGGGGCCAGAAGGGGAGAGAUGAGAGGUCGAUGGUCUCCGAAGACUCAGCGUUCGAUUGA